CGCAGGCCAGCAAGUGGACAACAGCCAACAUGUCGAGUCUCGCGCUACGGCGCAGUCCGGUCUCGGCGCUACGAGCUCAGAUACAAGCGACCAGUAGACAGCAGCAAGCGAGAUGGGCGACGAGCACGGCCGAGGCUGCAAAGGAGAAAGCAGGGCAAGCAUCCAGUAAAGCCAAAGAAGCCGCUUCUUCCGCUUCCGACCGGGCUGCUCAAGUCUCAGAGACCGCAAAGAAGUACCUCGGUCAGGCAGGCCAGAGUCUGACCAAGCUCACUGGAUCUGCCGGCGAGCGAGCUUCCUCCGCUCUGGGUGCCUACAGAGAGCCGCUGUUCUACAACGCGGCAGUAGCGAGAGAAGUACUCAAGCAGGUCUACAUUGCCGAAAGACUCGCUCCUCCUUCGUCUGUCGGCGAGAUCAGAUCAGCCUACGAGACGCUCUUCAACCGCGCCAGAGAUCCGCAGUACUGGCGUUCGACCAUCGAAUCCGGUGAAUGGAAGCGUGUCGCGAUAUACGCUCUCGAAGCGAUUGGCAUCUUCACGAUUGGAGAGAUGAUCGGCAGAAGGAAGCUCGUUGGCUAUGGCAAGAUCGAGUCUCACGGUCACUAG